AUGUGUCGGACGGCGUGCUUCGAAGCGCAACUUUUCUUUUCAUUUCGAGAGCGCCAAAUUGUUUGCAACGUUAAGCCAAUAGAAAGGAUUUCUGUUAACAGUAAUUACGGAUGGUACAAUAAUUCUUUCCAGCACCAGACAACCAAAAAAUCCUGUCAGCUUGGUGAGUUAGGUUGCUGUUGUCCGGUAGAGCAAUUCGUGGUGCUUGCCGCUACCUGAAUCGGCGGGAAAUCAAAACAACAACUAAUCGCAUAUCGAAGAAAGACGAAUGAAGGAAUCGAAUGUCCUAACCAAUUGGGCAGAACCAUUCUUAUUCCUUUUGUUUUGUUGCGUCUCAAACUCUGCUAUCUAAGUUGAUUCGCCACCAUGGCAAAGCUACAUUGUCUCGAACUGAUAAACCAAAUACCACCAUGGGACAUUGGGCGCGUUUGCGUUGAGUUAGAGAAAUUCUUCCGUAAUGAAAUGUGUUGUGAAACCACAACUGUCUUGGACGAUGCAAAAAUAUUCCCCAUGGUGAUGAAUCGAAUUUUUGGAAACGAGUCGUGCAGUGGAUUGUACAUUACCAAUGUUGUACAAGAGCCAAUGAACCCUGGAUUUUCAAUAUGCUUCAAUUUUUUGUCGACAAACGGACCACUAUUUUGGUAUUUUAAUCGGUUAUUCGAAUCUACAAUCCCAUUCCGCCUACCAAUCAAUCAGCUGCCGCAACAACUCCAAUCAAUUUUAGCAACUAAUACACCUCCCCCAUUUUACAAAAAUCUUGUGGUACGAAUGGAUAUAACCUGCUUCUUCCUUCACCUGAACGCUUUUCAGUAUUUUAUGUUCCACUUCGCCCUUUACGGAUUGACUUCGCAGAAGAAUAUAUAUCCUCCUACGGGUAGAGAAACGAGCGAUCGAAAAACCGAAACAUUAUACUUGGCACUGGCCGCAGAAUAUUUCUGCACCUAUUUGCCUCGUGCUCCGCCACCACCGCCACUGAAAGGGAGCAUGAAAUCAUUUUCGACGCCACCGGUAUUGUGUUCGACCACCACGAGGAAAUAUCUCAACACCGAAAAUUCUCCGCGUGUGUCACCGAAGCUCAUCAAUCCGGGGAUGGACUUCGCGACAAGUCUAGCUGCUUGGCAAGCAAGGAGCAUUACUUUCAUUUUUCUCGAUGUCUGGCUAACCUUCACACCCAGUGCAGACGGGAUGGAACUUCCAAGUAUCGAAUUGCUGCGUUCCAUUCGUGUGCUUGUCAAGCAGAUACACGCGUUCAGUGGAACUGGAAGCUAUAUCGAUAGUUGCCCGAUGGAGGAAUUCCGCCGAGCUGUGGCACUGCAACUACGGGACCGCAUCGAACCAUUUUUCAUGUCGUUGUUUGACAUAUGGCCACUUGACGGUAGCCUCAUCGACUUGAUAGAGUUGUGGCUAAGCUACAUACAACCAUGGCGCUACCUUUAUAAUCGUGACUUUAACCUAAUACUUCCGCCCGUAAUCGAUAGCGAAACCGUAGAUCAAUUCUCGCGAUUCAUUGUGGCAAAUCUGAUGUCGUACACCCAACCAAUCGUGAAGCUGCUCCCUAGGCUGGCACAGUUAGACUUUAUCCCCUUCAAGUCUCCGAUAAGCCCGAAAAUAUUGUCACGACUGCUGAAGGUUGUUUCUAAUCGUACGAUGCUCGAUUUUAUACGACACAACGAAAUGAUAUUGUACCGUUUGAGACAGCAACGCCAUAUAAGGAGUCCGAAGAUGAACACGAUGCCGCCGGAAGAGAACUAUCCGAAAGAGUUAGAUGAGCUAGAAAUUGUUUACUGGAUGGGUGGAUCCGUAAUGAUUGAUCGGAAACGCUACACGCCACUCUUCUCCGAACCGGUGAAGCAUCAUCUAUGUCAGCUAAUGGAGAAGCUGUGUUGCGCAAUCGCCUACACAAAAGGCCACAUGAAGAUGUUAGAACGCCAGCAGAAAAAGAACAUUACAGUUCUGCAGUACCUAUGGCAAGCCCUUCGUGGUGCCAAAACGGCUAUCCCGUACAAAACUGCUCAGGACGAUUGUGAUGUGCUAGAAUCAAUCUGUCAAUGGCUCACUGAAAGUUUUGCUAUACCGCCGUUCGAGGUAGGACCGUCCGAGAUAACGUUCGACGAUGAGGAGGUAGAACCGUUCGAGAUACCGGUCGUGAACAAUGCCAUCUUUCAGGAGCCCCCCAAUUACGUGAAUCGAACCCAACAUAUAUGCGCCCAGACAUACUUAGGCGAUCCACAGUUGCUUCCUAUCACCAGCAAGGAAAUUAAGUUUCUUGUGCGUGCUUUGUACCGAGUGAGCAAGAAAGUGAAUCUAACGUAUAGCGAAGAGCUAUGUUCGCUCUGGUAUAGCGAUCGAUGGUGGGGCUCGCUUGCCCGCCUAAUGUUACAGCCGCCCGAUUCGUACAUGGAACGUGUUCAUCUAGCAAACGGUUUCUCGACAAUGGUCGAAAGAUCUGUCGGGCCUCAACUAAGCUUACGAUUCUUUGCCUCGUAUGCAGUCGUGCGGAACGUGAUUGGUGCAUUCGUGGUUGGGGCCCUUGUAUUUGGUUCGCCGAUCUACGGAUUCCUUAUCUUGAUUUUACUAGCAUUGGUAUUAACCUUGCUGCGUACUAUAAUUCGAUUCUGAUGCUACUUAGUAGCUAAAAUUUCUAAUCAUCAGUACAAUCAUACAACCUAUCAGCGAUUGCAGUCAAACUAAGUUGUCCUCCAAUAGUCAAUUCCUUUUAAUUUGGGAAUGCAAUCGCGCCUAGCUUGAAGUCAAUGUCUUUGCCAUCGACUAUUACCCUGUUGAACUAACCGAACUGAACAAAACUAACUUUAACUUGAAUAGUUCAUUGUUUUAUUACAACCCUAAUUGUAUUUGUUGUGAACGUUCGCGCAACUCAUUAAAUUCGACUGAAUUUGGCGGAAUAGAUUUCUAAAUUCGCUUUAUGAAAUUGGUUGAAAGAAAGUAUACUAAACCAAAUGUUUAGAGUUGCUUUAAUUAAAUUCAAAUUUGCUCUUGCUAAUUUUACUAUAGAUUUUAUAAUGAAUAAAAUGAACCAUACAAUGAA